GAGAAGCAAGAUUAAUAAUGCAAUUAGGUGCAAAACAUGAUGAGUAUUGGAACGCAUUCGAUAAUGCGACUAGUCAUACUGUUAUAGCACCUGAUGCACUAGUUGCAGCCAGAAUGAACCUAUACCCUGAUGGCAAACAACCAAAAAUGAGAAUCACAAUUUGGAAUGGUAAACCGCAAACAAUGGUAUACCCUGAUGAUUAUGAGAACCCUUUUUUAAGAUCGCAACCAAAAAGAAUAAAAGCUUUUCUUGAGGAGAGAGAUCUUAAUAUAACUAACUGUUGUACACGUUGUCUUGUUGCAAAUCAACCAGACUUCUUGGCUGAACAUGGAUUAAUUCAAAAAGAAAUAGAAAAACGUUGA